AUGUGUGCUGCUGCUUCGAAUAACACCGUACAACGAAAAAUUGCAUUACUUAUUGGAAAUAACACAUACAAUCAGUCGCCGUUAGAUAAUUGUGUUAACGAUGCGAAGGACUUGAGCGAAGCACUAAAAGCCAUUGGAUUCUUAGUGACCACUAAAUUGAAUCUCAAUUUCGAGCAGAUGGAUACAGAAAUUGAAGAUUUUGCCAAGUCUAUUGAACCAUACGAUCUUGUCGUGUUUUUUUUCUCGGGACAUGGUGUGCAAUGUAACGAUCGGAACUAUUUAAUUCCCUGCGAUGACCAACGUAUUCAAUCCACACCAGAUUUAAAACACCGUGCAGUCAAUGCACAAAGGAUUCUAGAACUGAUGUGCGACAAGAAUCCGUUUAUGAUUGUAUGCAUGCUUGACUGUUGCCGUACUUAUUCACUGCCAAGCGUGCUCAAGUCUAAAGGGUCGAGUGCCACACCAAAAGGAAUGGCGGCAAUGUGUGCGACGACUAGCACAUUGAUUGCUUUUGCUUGUGCUCCGGGUACGGUAGCCAUUGAUGGCUCGCCGAACAAUCGUAAUGGGUUGUUUACAUUUCAUCUACUAAAACAUGUCACUCGACCUGGAAAAGAUAUUAUUGAUAUUGUUACAGACGUGGGCUACGAAGUAGCCAAAUCUUCGAAAGAACGUCAAUUACCCCACGUAACAUACGGUCCGAUGCCACGAGGAGUUUGUUUGGCAUCCACUCAGAAUGAGAUUGCAGAGUCGAAUUCGCGGCAAGGUGAGCAUAAUUCUAUUUUCAUUUAA